AUGGCGUCCUCGUUCCAGGAUGCGUGGCAGACUGCGCUCGACGUCGAACGGGAGCUAUUGCGGUGCCUUGCUGCGAAAGAGCCGACCUUCGCUGAGAUCUCACAACUUCUGUCGGAGUUUCGCACCGCGUGCCAGAAUGCUAUCCUCUUUGACUUCGAUACCGCCCGUGAAACCGAUGUGGAGGGUCGCCUGUGGGACACGCACCUGAAACUUAAUACGCGGUUUCGUAAAUUGCUCUCUCGCUACCGGGAGGAGAACACAAAGAAAAGACCAGUCGAGAAACGAAAGCUCGAGAAGCAUUACUUGGAUUUCAUCAAAUCGAGCCAGCGGUUCUAUCGGGGAUACAUUCAGCAUUUGUCAUCCCAUUUUGGAGACAUUGUGGAAUUGGAGAAAGUUGCGCGCAAGUUCAACUUUGAGAUUUUGUCAGCCAAUCCUCCAUCCACGGUCACACCUGAUUUGCGCUUCCGCAUCCUCCAGUCUUGCCAUGCAACCCUGAUCCGACUGGGCGACCUAUCCCGAUACCGGGAAACCGAACUCGCCAACAACAAACGCAACUGGGGCCCGGCCAUUGGGUACUAUGAUUUGGCCUCGGUUAUCUACCCUGCGUCGGGUGCAUCGCACAACCAGCUAGCAGUAAUUGCGCUUGCUGAUGGCAACCACUUUCGAGCCACUUAUCACCUCUACAGGGCAUUGUCCGCCCACAGCCCGCAUCCUUCUGCAAAGGGCAACCUGGAGAUUGAAUUCAAAAAGGUGAUGAAUGCCUGGGCCAAGCGGGAAUUGAUCCGCCCAGAGGAUCAAGGUGUUCCGGGCAAAGCGCUGGCACCGUGGUUUGUCUAUCUUCAUGCGCAAUGUUAUAAGGGCAACGAUUUCCCCGAGCAUGAUGAGCUAGAGAGUGAGGUGAUGAGCCAACUCGCAGUUGACAUAAGAGAGCGCUCGCAUGAAGGAACGCUCCAGAAGUUUUGUCUGGUCAACAUUGCUGCGGAAGACUUUGCCCGAGCUCGGUCGACUGAGGAGUCGGUCUCCAAUGCACGCACCUUUUUCCAGCGCAUCAACGUGAAAACUUUCUUCACAUUAUUGCAAAUCCUUCUAGUUGAGCUUGAGCGGUUCGCGGGUGAAGAUUCGAGCAACAGCAGCAAAGACACCAAGAACGGCCCAGACAAGGUGACUGUAGUUGCUCGACGGAUCCUGCCCGCUUUGCGGCAUUACAGCUCCUGGCUCCUGACUACCAGUGACUUCCUUACUGCACAGAAGGAAGAGCAGGACUCGUCUCUUUCAAUACAGAUCCAGGAGUUCUGGAAGAUCUACGCAGGGACUCUGACUCUCUUGGCAUCUACUUUUGAUGUCGUGCAUCUUCCCGAAAUUGAUUAUCUUCUGGAAGAGGAUGAAGAAAGCCUGGGCUUUGCGCCGUUAGAUCAGGCCGCCACUGUUCGCCGAUAUGUCGGUAUGGGCGAACAUCUCAAGCCCCGCAUGAAUGAUCCAGGCGUCGAAAGGAGCCAUCCAAAUAUAGAGAUGCUCUACCGGAUCCGCGAGUUUGUCAUCGAUGGUCUGGACUUGGUUGUGAGAAAUAAAAUCCCCGUUGCUCUUGUGGAUGAUGAGGACAAGAAAACAUUCAUCUACCAGGAGGAUGGUUUGCCCUCUCAAUUCUUUUCGAGUCCGCAUGGUCGUCAGGAUAUUCUCACAACCCCGGUUGUUGAACGGGAGGAUAUCGCACCAGUCAUUGAAGAUUCGACCUCUGUUACCGAAGCUCGCAGCAUGUACGGUGACUCGCAGUCCGCAUCCGCAUCUAUGUCGGCCAACAUGCAUCGUAUCGUCGAGGAUGUCGAACGCCUGGUCGAGUCCGACACGUACGAGAAUGCGCCCAGUGUUCCCGAUCAGUUCGCCUUCCUGCAUGAUUCCGGGGAGAUGCCCACACCCUCCGCACGAAUCGCGGCCAACCCCAAUGCCUUUUCCUUCAACGAGAAGAGUGCACAGCCGCUGAAACCUCCGAUGGCGCCCCCUGGCCUUGGUCCACCCGUCGUCAACGCAGCAGAGGCUCUCCGUGCAUCGGUGUCUCAAUCCUACACACCACUUCCCGCGCUCCCCAGUAUUGCCAGCAUCUGGAACACUUCAUCUUUCGCACCCUUGCGAGACGGCGUCUCUCCACGCACACCACCCGGUCUCGGCCAGCCCUCUUCCAUGAAUCUAAUGGCUGCGAUGAACCCAAGGAACCCCAGCGCUACAGGGUCUCCAUCCCAGGAGCAGCUCGCCAAUGAUAAGAUCCGGAACAAUGUGAUGGUCCAGUCCCAGCUCUCCAGCCCCCUCGAUAUGUCCGGCUUCCCCCCGUCAUCAUGGAUUCCCCCGACCAACGCACAUCCCAUGAACAACUGGGGUCCGGAUCCGCGCAGAAUGUCCUACAACGUUCCCAGUCAGCCAAUGUCAAGCGGUUUCCCAAACCAGGAGUGGGCUAACGAAGCUUUCAUUGCCAGCAGUCUGGCUUCCGGCGCCGAUGCCUACAACUCAGGGUUUAAUGGCCAUCGUAAGCCAGCGACUCAGCUUGGUGCUAUUGGCCAGACACCACCUUGUGGCCAGGGCGGUUGA